AUGUCAAAGAAAGAGCGCCGUCGUGCAUUUUUCGACGUGACCAUCGACGGUCGUUUAUCUGGUCGUAUCGUAAUGGAACUCUUCAAUGAUGCAGCACCUCGAACAACGCAUAAUUUCCUGAUGUUGUGCACUGGAAUGGCGGGCGUUAGUAAGACAAGCAAUGUGCCACUUCAUUACAAAGGCUCUACAUUCCAUCGUAUCAUCAAAAAUUUCAUGAUUCAGGGCGGUGAUUUUACGAAAGGUGAUGGCACAGGUGGAGAGUCAGUCUAUGGUGGUAUGUUCGAUGAUGAAGAGUUUGUUCACAAGCAUUCCGAACCAUAUUUAUUAUCGAUGGCCAAUAAAGGUCCGAACACCAACGGGUCGCAGUUCUUCAUUACCACGCAACCCGCACCUCAUCUGGAUGGUAUUCAUGUUGUCUUUGGAAAGGUGGUAUCUGGUAAGGAAGUGGUGAAUGAAAUUGAACAUUUGAAAACGAAUGCGAAAAAUAGACCGUUGGCUGAUGUGGUCAUAUUGAAUUGUGGUGAACUGAUACGUAAAACGAAAAGACGCCAUUCUGCAUCCGAGUCCGAUGCAUCUGGAAGUUCAUCGUCAUCGUCAGAAUCCUCUUCGUCACAAAAAUCAGAUGAGAAGUCGAAGAAGAAAAAACAUAAGAAGAAAAAGCACAAGGUCAAGAAAUCAAAAAGUGAAUCCGCCACAGUGGAUCAACUGGAGAUUGGUGAUUCAAGUGCAGCAGCUCACCCUCAAGAACCAAUAUCCACAGUGAAGGCUGAAGAAGUACCGAAAGAUCCGGAACAUCACAAUCAGUAUUUAAUGAGACGGUCGGUUAAUCUUUUGGUUUUUGUGUUCUCCUGCUCAAGAACACCGGAAGAGAAACGUAAAGAAAAAGAGAAGUUGAAGGAAAAGGAACGUAAAAAACGCGGCGAAUCUCCGUCGCGUCUGUCUGCGUCAGCAACGAAUUCUCGCUCAAGACGCGAAGCUUUUGAUUCACGUCGUCUCAAACAUCGUCUGCGUUUGACUCGUACCGGUCAUAAAAUUAAGGGUAGAGGAGCACUGAGAUUCCGUACACCCGAAGGUAGUGAUCGUGAGCGGAGUCGCACACCACCUCACUGGAGACGGGAACAGAAUCGUGUCAUAUCGCUGGAUGAAUUGCAUCGUCGCCAAGAACAAAACGAAUCGGGAGAGCAGCAACUCGUCAAAGACGAUAUGGAUGAGCAUGAGAAGGAGAAUAAAGAGGACAAGGAAAAACGAGCGAAGAGACGAGAAAACGAGAGAGAGCGAGAGCCGAAGCGACGACGGGAUGAGUCGGAGAAGGGAACGAGAGAACGUGAUGAAGAGCAAAGUAGUCGAAGACGUUCAGAACGAGAGAGUAUCAAUGAAAAGGAGCGACGGGAGAGGGCGCGUGAGUCGCAUCGUCAUUAUUCGGAGCACAAAAGUCGGUCGGAUGCGGUUGAAGAUCGUUCGAAGCGAGGGAAGGAUGAUUCACGAAAAGAUGAGGCAAAGGAACAGAAGAGAGAGCGCGAGCAUUUGAGAGACGAAGAACAGAAAGUGGAGGUGGAGAAGGAGAAUAAAAAAGAGGUCUUCAAUGAAUUGAAUGUUGAAAAGGACAACGAGAAAACGAAACAGGAAGAUACCAAAAAGAGUGUUAAGAAGAUGCUGACGACGAGAAAAGCGAACGAAAACAGUGAGGAGGUGGAUGAGCUGAAAAUGGGAGACUCAGACGAAGAGGUUGUGCUCGAUGAGGGUCAGAAUGAAGAGGUUGAAGUACGAGAAACGAAGACCAAAGAUAAGCCAGAAGGAAGAACAGCGGAAACAAAAGAGAACGAGAAAAAUCAGCACGAAACGCAGCCAAACAAAUCAGAGGAUCACGCAAAACACAAACGAUCGGAAUCUCAUCCCUCGGAGCCCAGAAAAUCGCGUCGAGUUUCUGAGUCGUCUUCUAAGGCGCCAUCUGGAUCACAAGUCGAAGAACAUGUGGAGCACAAGAAAGGUGUAGAGAAAGAGACGGAAAAAGUGAUGAAAGAACCGGAAGAGGAAGGUCCCAAAGAGAUGAAACAGUUGGAAAAAAUAGCAGAAAAAGAAGAGAAAAUAGUGAAUGAAGAAAAACAAGACAAAGAUGCGAAGCGAGAUGAAACUAAGAAAUCAGCGGAUGGUGUUGAGAAGCAGGAUAAAAAGGAGAAGGAGGACGACACGAAAACGGUGGAAAAGAAGGAGAGUGAUGAGAAGAAAGAGCGUGUUAGUCGCAGAGAACGGAGCAGAAGUGCUGGUAGAAAGAGGAGUGAAGUUGAGGAGAGUGGUAGAAGACGAGAGCGUAGAACAAGUGAGCACAGAAGCCGAGGACGAAGGAGUAGAACCAGAAGUGCGAGAAGAUCGAGGUCUAGGUCUAAGGAUCGUCGUAGAAGAGAUCGAGAGAGAGGAAGAGAUUGGAGAGAUCGUGGACGUGACAGGAGUAGAGAACGAGAGCGUCGAAGAAGAGAUUCGUACAGACGUGAUAGAGACAGAGAUAGUAGGAGUGAUCGCAAGAGACAUCGUUCGACGUCAAGUUCUUCGUCGUCGACAUCGAGUAGCGAUCGUUCAGACCGAAGGCGCAGUCGUAGUAGCAGCAGUAGUACUGAUCGUAAUAAAUCAAAUAAGCGUAGUUCGCGAAAUAAAUCCGCUGAUAGCACAUCAUCAUCGUCUUCGAGUCGUUCUUCAAAAUCAUCAUCGCGUUCUUCGGAUAAAUCCUCAUAA